GAGUCGAGCAAUGCACUUUGCAGCAGGGGAAGUGAACGCGUUUGCUCAGAUGGAUAGUGGGCCCAUUUGGGGCUCUGGCUGUCGGUGAUAAAACACUGGUUAAGGGGAGAUGGAACACCAAAAAUAAUGUAUGGUAUACACCCCAGACAGCGUUUGUGUUUUUUUGUCGUUUUCCAGGGAGCAGCCAUGUCACCAUUUCUUAGAAUCGGUUUGUCCAACUUUGACUGCGGGUCCUGCCAGUCCUGUCAGAGCGAGGCCGUGAAUCCCUACUGUGCUGUGCUUGUCAAAGAGUAUGUGGAAUCAGAGAAUGGGCAGAUGUACAUCCAGAAAAAGCCCACCAUGUACCCACCCUGGGACAGCACUUUUGACGCCCACAUCAACAAGGGAAGAGUGAUGCAGAUCAUUGUGAAGGGCAAAAAUGUGGACCUAAUAUCGGAAACUACCGUGGAGCUCUACUCGCUGGCCGAGAGAUGCAGAAAGAACAAUGGGAGGACAGAAAUAUGGUUAGAGCUGAAACCUCAAGGCCGAAUGCUAAUGAAUGCAAGAUACUUUCUGGAAAUGAGUGACACAAAGGACAUGAGUGAAUUUGAGGCUGAUGGCUUCUUCGCUCUGCACCACCGCCGGGGGGCCAUCAAGCAGGCCAAAGUCCACCACGUCAAGUGCCACGAGUUCACCGCCACCUUCUUCCCACAGCCCACGUUUUGCUCUGUCUGCCACGAGUUUGUCUGGGGUCUGAACAAACAGGGUUACCAGUGCCGACAAUGUAAUGCAGCAAUUCACAAGAAGUGUAUCGAUAAAGUUAUAGCAAAGUGCACAGGAUCUGCUAUCAAUAGCCGAGAAACCAUGUUCCACAAGGAGAGAUUCAAAAUCGACAUGCCGCACCGAUUCAAGGUCUACAAUUACAAGAGCCCCACCUUCUGUGAGCACUGCGGGACCCUCCUCUGGGGACUGGCGAGGCAAGGGCUCAAGUGUGACGCAUGUGGCAUGAACGUACACCACCGAUGCCAGACGAAGGUGGCCAACCUUUGUGGCAUAAACCAGAAGCUGAUGGCUGAAGCACUGGCAAUGAUUGAGAGCACCCAGCAGGCGCGCUGCUUAAGAGAUACUGAACAGAUCUUCAGAGAAGGUCCCGUUGAAAUUGGACUCCCAUGCCCCAUCAGAAGUGAAGCAAAGCUGCCAUACUUACCGACAUCAGGAAAAAGAGAGCCUCAGGGAAUCUCCUGGGAGUCUCCACUGGAUGAGAUGGAUAAGGCAUGCCAUCAUCCGGAACCCGAGGUGCACAUGGAAAGACCGCCUCUGCACAUGAAACUGAAAAUCGAGGAUUUUAUCCUACACAAAAUGCUGGGGAAAGGAAGUUUUGGCAAGGUCUUCCUCGCAGAGUUCAGGCAAACCAAUCAGUUUUUCGCCAUAAAAGCCCUAAAGAAAGACGUGGUCUUGAUGGACGACGAUGUCGAGUGUACGAUGGUGGAGAAGAGAGUCCUCUCCUUGGCCUGGGAGCACCCGUUUCUGACCCAUAUGUUUUGCACAUUCCAGACCAAGGAAAACCUCUUUUUCGUGAUGGAGUACCUCAACGGGGGAGACCUGAUGUACCACAUCCAGAGUUGCCACAAGUUCGAUCUCUCCAGAGCGACGUUUUAUGCUGCUGAAAUCAUUCUUGGUCUGCAGUUCCUGCAUUCCAAAGGCAUCGUCUACAGGGACCUGAAGCUGGAUAACAUCCUGUUAGACAAAGAUGGACACAUCAAGAUAGCGGACUUUGGGAUGUGCAAGGAGAACAUGCUGGGAGACGCGAGGACCAACACCUUCUGCGGGACGCCCGACUACAUCGCCCCGGAGAUCCUGCUGGGCCAGAAGUACAACCACUCCGUGGAUUGGUGGUCCUUUGGGGUCCUCGUCUAUGAGAUGCUGACCGGCCAGUCACCCUUCCACGGGCAGGACGAGGAGGAGCUCUUCCACUCCAUCCGCAUGGACAACCCCUUCUACCCACGGUGGCUGGAGAAGGAGGCCAAGGACCUGCUGGUGAAGCUCUUUGUGCGGGAGCCUGAGAAGCGGCUGGGCGUCCGGGGAGACAUCCGCCAGCACCCUCUGUUCCGGGAGAUCAACUGGGAGGAGCUUGAGCGGAAGGAGAUCGACCCACCGUUCCGGCCUAAAGUGAAAUCACCCCACGACUGCAGCAAUUUCGACAAAGAAUUCUUGAACGAGAAGCCCCGGCUGUCAUUUGCCGACAGAGCUCUGAUCAACAGCAUGGACCAAAACAUGUUCAGAAACUUCUCCUUCAUGAACCCGGGGAUGGAGAGGUUCCUCUCCUAGCCCCGCCCCUCCAGAGGCACGCGGCGGUUGGCCUUCCCUCUGGGCACUGGCACAAGUGACACUUCCUGGGUUCCUUUUGCAACUUGGAAAA